AAUAGUUAGUUGGUUAAUAUAAAACGGCAACGGUCUCUGAUCUGAUGAGAUGAGCGACUGAUUGUCGCGGCAUUGACCUCCUUCCGGUCACCACUGUCUGAAGUAUCACCAUUUCCUUCUUUCUGAAUCUAAAUCUACCCGAAAGGCAAAACCCUAAUUUGCAAGUUGAUUUUUGAAUCGGAAGCUAGGCACAGCUAGUCUGGUAUGGACACGCAUUCUUCCCACCUAACAGCGCCACUCCGUUCAAGGAGCUCACAGUCUCCAUCGCCGUCACACUCCGCGUCGGCCUCCGCGACGUCAUCUAUCCACAAGCGCAAGCGCGCGUCUGACGCACGUGACGGUGCGCUGACCUCCAAUGAUGACUUGGAGAGCAUCAGCGCUCGGGGCGCUGACUCCGACUCCGAAGACGAAUCCGAGGAAGUCGCCGACGACGAUGAGGAGGAGUAUGAUGAUUCUUCAAUGCGCACUUUCACGGCCUCACGGUUGGAGAACAGCGUGGCGCCAUUAGCUAGGAAUACUAAGCUCAAGACGGAGAAUUCUGUGAAAGUUGAGCCUGUUCAGGUGGCAAAAGACACCGGAAGUGGUGGUUCCGCUAAUUCCGGGGCUCCACCACCUGCUGCUUCUGUUUCAGGUGUCGUGGUCAAGGAUGAAACUAUGAAGAAUAUUUUUACUGAAAACUUACAGACAAGUGGGGCUUACAUUGCAAGGGAAGAGAGCUUAAAGAGAGAGGAGGAAGCAGGAAGACUCAAGUUUGUAUGUGUUUCAAAUGAUGGUAUCGAUGAGCACAUGGUUUGGUUGAUAGGAUUGAAGAACAUAUUUGCCAGGCAAUUACCUAACAUGCCUAAGGAAUACAUAGUUCGUCUUGUAAUGGACAGAAAUCAUAAAUCUGUGAUGGUCAUUAGACGUAAUCUGGUGGUUGGUGGAAUAACAUACCGUCCUUAUGUAAGCCAGAAGUUUGGGGAGAUAGCGUUCUGUGCUAUUACUGCAGAUGAGCAAGUUAGGGGCUAUGGCACCAGACUUAUGAACCACUUAAAACAGUUUGCACGUGAUGAUGAUGGCCUAACGCACUUUCUCACAUAUGCUGACAAUAAUGCUGUUGGUUACUUUGUCAAACAGGGGUUUACAAAGGAGAUAUAUUUGGAGAAAGAACGUUGGCAAGGGUACAUUAAAGAUUACGAUGGAGGAAUACUUAUGGAAUGCAAAAUAGAUCCAAAGCUUCCUUAUACUGAUUUAUCUACCAUGAUACGCCGUCAGAGGCAGGCAAUUGAUGAAAAGAUACGAGAACUUUCAAAUUGUCACAUUGUCUACCAAGGAAUUGAUUUUCACAAGAAGGAAGCAGGUAUUCCCAAAAAAGCCUUCAAGGUGGAGGAUAUUGCUGGUUUAAGAGAAGCUGGGUGGACCAUUGAUCAAUAUGGUUAUUCUCGGUUUAAAACAAUGAACUCGUUGUCGGAUCAGAAGUCAUUGACAGCAUUCAUGCGCUCACUUGUAAAGGCUAUGCAUGACCAUCCUGAUGCUUGGCCAUUCAAGGAACCAGUCGAUCCACGGGAUGUCCCUGAUUAUUAUGAGAUCAUCAAGGAUGCAAUGGAUUUGAAAACGAUGUCAAAGCGGGUUGAGUCAGAGCUGUACUAUGUCACGUUUGACAUGUUUGUUGCGGAUGUGAGGAGGAUGUUUAACAAUGCUCGCACCUACAAUUCUCCCGAAACCAUUUACUAUAAAUGUGCAACCAGGCUGGAAUCACAUUUCUCAAACAAAGUUCAAGCUGGUCUACAGUCUAGUGUUAAAAUUCAAUAGUGGACAGACUUUAUUGCCCCGCUUUCUAAUUUAUUCAACUUAAGUGUUUCCAUAAUUAUGAUCCAAGUUACUGGCAGAAGUAUACACUCUGUAUAGUCUGUACUCUAAGGGAGCCAGGAGCGUUUCGUUCACGGAAUGUAAUGUAAGAUUACUUGGUUGGUAAUAGGGUUAUUUUGAUCUUA